GCCGCCGCUGCAGCUUCUGCUGCCGCCGCUGCAGCUUCUGCUGCCGCCGCUGCAGCUUCUGCUGCCGCCGCUGCAGCUUCUGCUGCCGCAGCUGCAGCUUCUGCUGCCGCAGCUGCAGCUUCUGCUGCCGCAGCUGCAGCUUCUGCUGCCGCAGCUGCAGCUUCUGCUGCCGCUGCUGCAGCUUCUGCUGCCGCUGCUGCAGCUUCUGCUGCCGCUGCUGCAGCUUCUGCUGCCGCUGCUGCAGCUUCUGCUGCCGCUGCUGCAGCUUCUGCUGCCGCUGCUGCAGCUUCUGCUGCCGCUGCUGCAGCUUCUGCUGCCGCUGCUGCAGCUUCUGCUGCCGCUGCUGCAGCUUCUGCUGCCGCUGCUGCAGCUUCUGCUGCCGCUGCUGCAGCUUCUGCUGCUGCUGCCGCUGCAGCUUCUUUCGCUGCAGCCUCUGCUGCAGCUUCUGCUGCCGCUGCUGCCGCUGCAGCUUAUGCUGCCGCUGCAGCCGCUGCUGCCGCUGCAGCCUCUGCUGCCUCUGCUUCCACUGCUGCAGCCGCUGCUUCCGCUGCUGCCGCAGCAGCUUCUGCUGCCGCAGCAGCUUCUGCUGCCGCCUCUGCAGCCUCUGCUGCCGCCUCUGCUGAGCUCGCCCCACGGGGCAAGGCGGCGAGGAAGGUGGCCGUGGGGGGCUAA